GAUUUCUAUGAUGGCGGCCGGCCGGCGCCUGCACUCUCGGCGAUCGCAGGAAAAGCCAGGAGUAAAACAUCGCUCCUUCGUGGUUUUCUCGGAGAGCCGCGACAAGGAAAGCUCGAUGUCGCGAGUGUGAAAGCUAAUUGUCGGCGGCGAAAACGACGACGUGUGUGCGCGAGUCUGCGUAUGUGUCUUACUCUCGAUUCUCGCGAGGAAAUUUUAUAUCGAGGGGCCUGUCGUUUGUCAUCGUCGACGACGGACGAUGGUGAACGUUGAACGUCGAGCGAAACCCGCUACACCGCCGUAUAUAUGCCUGAUUAUUGUGAGAUCACUCGGUUAAGACCGGCCGGCGAGCUCUGGCGCUGUGUAUAUAGUUAUGCAGAUGGAUCCUUUCUCGAAUGAGAGAGUCGCGAAUUAAUAUAGGAUUCCCGUACGCUGCAAUUGCACCGCCGCGGUUGCACCGUCGUCGAGGAUUAUUUCGCUUCGAGGCGGAGGGUCGCGCGUGACCGACCUUCGGAUUAUUCGCCGUAGAUCACGGAUAGGAGAAAUCAGCGGAGAGCAACGGAUACUCUUGGGCGAUGGCGAGCCUCAUUAAUUCGACAGCGCAAUUCAUCAACGAUGCAUAUGACUACUACCUCUGGACGCUGUCUCUUGCAGAUGAGAGAACGAGAGGAUGGUUACUGGUUGAUUCGCCGAAACCAACGUUAAUAUACACGAUAUUAUAUCUCCUUAUUGUUUGGGCGGGUCCUAAGGUCAUGAAGAAGCGGAAAGCCUUCAAAUUAACAUGGGCACUGGUGCCCUACAACCUUGCCAUGGCCUGUCUUAAUGCUUAUAUUGCCAUUCAAUUGUUCGUAGCAUCCACGAGAUUACAAUAUAGUUAUGUGUGUCAACCAAUAAGGCACAUCACGCGUCCCGAUGAACUUCAGAUUGCUCACGCAGUUUGGUGGUACUACUUUAGCAAGCUUCUGGAAUUCUGCGAUACCUUCUUCUUCAUCUUGCGGAAGAAGGACAAUCAAUUGAGCUUCCUCCACGUUUACCAUCACUCUACCAUGUUUUCGUUAUGGUGGAUCGGUAUUAAAUGGGUACCGAGCGGAUCUACUUUUCUGCCAGCGAUGGUAAACAGUUUCAUCCACGUGCUGAUGUACUCGUACUACGGACUCGCCGCGUUAGGCCCUGCGGUAGCCAAGUUUCUCUGGUGGAAGAAGUACUUGACGAUCCUGCAGCUGAUCCAAUUCACCACCGCUCUGAUUCUGGGCAUCAACGGCAUUCGAUCGGGAUGCGACUUCCCGCUCUGGAUGCAGUAUGCUCUCGUGGUCUACAUGCUCUCCUUUAUCGUCCUGUUUGGAAACUUCUACGCCAAAGCUUACAUCGCAAAGGGUAAACAGGUGUACGCGGAGAAGCAGUUGGAGAGGCUAAGAGCCGCUAAGGAGAAGUUAAAGAAUGCCCAGCUGAUCGCGGACGCGACGCUCAGCAACGGCGCAGUCGCGAACGGACACGCGAACGGUUACACGAAUGGGGUGACCAAGAGGAAGGCCCAAUGAAUCUCGAUCUAAGAGUCUCAUACUAUAGAGAAUCCGACGAUACACGACGAUACACACGCGCGCGAUAAGAGAAAAUAGUCACGUUAUGGUAUAACCUGAUGCAUAGUCGAUCUCGACAGUAUAGUUUAUAACGUAAGGGAAAAAGAAGGAAGAGACAAACAAUAAAAGGAGGAAAAGAGAAACAGAGAUUACAUUUAGAAAUCCCGUCGAGAUUGUUGUGUUCGCGAAAUAACGUGAUAUCAGCAACGUGAUUCCAAAGUUAUCGAGAUAUAUGCGAUUUCUCCCUCAUCAGCUCAAUCAACUGUACAUUCGCGGCACGACGCGGCACGACGCUGAUUUCUCAGCACAACUGUACAUAUAUUAAGGAAUAUAUACAUGCUGGAGGCGUACUAGAACCGGAGUAGUGAUUAACGCGACGGGUCUCGUACAUCUUGGAAGAGAGACUCGAAGCGCGCGAGAGGACUCUACGGAUUCAAAUAAAUAUCAAAAUAUAUAUGCGGUCAAAAGAAAAUGAUCUUCUUUUAAGAGUCGGGGUAUAAAUCAAGUUUAAGAAAUCUUUCUCUACAACUAUAAGAUUAUAGCCGGUGUAUUCAUAGUCAGGUCUUAUAUUUAAGAGCGUCUUAAGUUCAUCUUCAGAUGCUAUACGGAUCAUUUCAUUGGCUACGGAGUGAUCUGAAGAUAAACUUAAGAUGGUCUUAAAUAUAAGAUCCGACUAUGAAUACCGACCUAUAUUGAGGAAAAUAAUAACGAGAAAAAGGUACAUAUAUAUAGGUAAGAGAUACAUAAACCGGACUGAAGGGAGAUUAGUUCUGUAAGUCUAAUUAUCUGUGGAUGUGGGCAGACAGAAAAAAAAUCAAUUAACGGCGGAUGAAUGAAAAAAUUAUUGGAAAGGUGUUUCUCUCUUUUCUACAUUUUAUUUGUCGCGGGAUAAGAUUCAAGUUACGUCUACUAUAAGAGUAACAAAAAAGGCCCUACUCAAAAUUUAGUGCGCGACAAUUUUUUUUAAACAUUUGUAAUGAAAAAUGUAUGCGAAAUAUUACUCGUGUAUUCGGAUAAUUGACUCCAUUAAAUUUCGCGAGCUAUGAACGAGUCUUAUAUAUGCAUAAAUGUUUAGGAGUUAACAAUAACACGCGGAAAGCCUAUAAUAUUCGCGAGAAAUACACGAAAGUUCGUUUUUAUUAAACGAUUAAACACAUUUGGAUGAACGAUAGAUUUCUUAUUCGUUUCUAAAUGAUAUAUAUUUUUAAACAAAAAGAAAAAAAAACAACGUAUCGAUCGGAUAGACGCAGAUUUUUAUACGGAAACUUUUCUACAACGAGUAAUCCAGGUGUGUCGUACAUGUACAAAUAAUGCGCUUUUGUCGUAAUAAAAAUUAUGAUAGCAACAAGAAAAUUGUACGAUGGUAGAAAAAAGAGAAAAAAAAUCUUGCAGAAAAUAGAGAAAACUUUUUAUAUCACAACACGUUUUUUCUCAUUUGUGUAGAAUCUGCUUUCCACGGUGCGAUUCAUAUUUUUAUCCCAAAAUUUACGGAUAUAGCAAUUUAGCCUCUCUUUUGCAUAAAUUACAAGAUAAUCAUUUCGCGACGAUGGCUCAUUAUUAUUUGCGAAUCGUGUAUUUCCUCCUAAUAUACAUACUUCUCAAUCUCUUUUAGCUAAUUAUAUUAUUAUUGUUAAUGUGUUUAUCUCAUUAUCACACAGACACACACACAUAAUGUAAUGAAUGAUGCAAUUGUUAUAAAAAUGGCAUUGCUGCGCAAUGCUUAAACGAAAGAAAUGCAUUAUGUUAAUUCUC